AUGAGGUCGCUUCAAUAAAGUUAGCGACACUGUUUAAUUUUUUUUCUUAGUUUUGAUUCUAAAAGUUAUGAAAAGCCCAUCAAAAAACUUUCAAAUCGUCCAUUACGGCUUUUAUACAGAUGGAAUCUCUCUAAAAAUAUUUAAUAAAGAAAAAAAGCUCUCUGAGGCUACAUUAAAGACAAACAAAGUACUUCCUUUUCAUCAUAAGUAUGAGUGCAGGAUCUUGAUAUAUAUCGUUUAACAUUCAAUAUAACUUACUAGACAGGAAAAAUUUGAGUACGACUUGUUAGUAGCUCCAGUCAGUUGAUAAAUGACCGAUAAGCGAUCUCGUAACUUUAUUAAUUCAGGCUGAGAGCGUACACGUGUCUGAUGUCAGAAGGCGGCUUCUGCACGAUGGACAAGUUCAGAUAUCCGGACGACAUCGAAGGCUGCACCUAUCUUCGUCCGUGGCUCCACAAAGUCGAUAGGUUCGUUGAGACACAUUAUACCGUGUUUGGAACGAAUCGUUCAAGGUUUUCGUUCUACUUCGUCCUAGAGAAGAGGCCGCGGAAGUAUGGUCCUGCGUACAAAGAACGGCAGAAGCGACUGAGGAAGCGUCAGACGAAAAAGAUCGGGAAGAUCUCGGCGGAUCCGAUUGGAUCGGUGAGGCUGGAAGGCGUGAUGCCGUGUCGACAGGUCUGCGGAGCUCCGACAGACAAACGCCUCGGGUCUCAGUCCGACGGCACCUUCCACCGCAAAGACCAAGGACGUCCUAACUGA